AUGACAUCUAACAUUGGGUCAACAUCUUCAAAGCGUCUUGCUUGUUACUUUCAUGUGGGUGGGAAGUUUGCAGAAAAUGGUGAUGGUGAAGUUAAGUACUAUGGUGGAACUGUCAGGGUAAGAGUGAUCAAGGAGGGUAUAAGGCUUGAAGAUUUGAGGGUUAUGAUAGGAGAAUGGUUUGGUGUAGAUAGUAAUGGUUGCGACAUUAAAUACACAUUGGGCUUGAAUGAUAGGAUAUUAAUAGAUCUUAUUGAUGAUGAUGAAGUUGACAACCUAUUUGAGUAUAAUGAUAGUAAUGCACAUGUAUACGUAGCAGCUAAAGGUAAUGAGAAUACGGAGGAAGAAGUGGCUGAUCGAAACAGCAUGUCAAAAUUGUCAGGACUGUCACAGCAAAAUGAUGAGCCAAUGAUUGAGGAUGCUGUCGAAUGUGUGAAUUACAUAGCAGCUGAAAAUGUUCUUAGCCUGCCAUAUGCAGUAGAGAGUGCACCAACUCCUUUGCCAGGAAUGAAUUCCCUGAAAUGGAAAACAGUAUUGUUAGGAUUGAGGCAGACUUUUCCAGAUGCGGAUGAUUUCAAGAAGAAACUACACAAAUUCAGCAUUGCAAACAAAUUUGAGUAUAAAUAUGUGAAGAAUUCUAAUGCCCAUAUGUAUGUCAAAUGCAAUGUUGAAGGUUGUCCAUGGAGGAUCAGUGCAAGAGCAGCUGUAAAGAGUACUCCAGCAUUUUUACGUGUAACGACAUUCAAAAAUGAGCAUGUUCAUAAUGCCCAAGACAAUCUUCAUGUGACACAUGGUAGAUCAGCUAGCUUGACAUCAUCAAUUAUAAUUGAAGAGGUUAGGGAUCAUAUAGACAUGCGUCCAAAUGAUAUAAAAAAGAGGUUGGAAAGAGAUUAUGGUGUGAAGUUGACAUAUAAGCAAGCAUACAGGGCCAAGGAAAAAGCGUUGGAGGACAUACAUGGCAGACCUGAUCAUUUUACAUGCUUAUUCCAUGGAUAUGUGACCGAGGGUUUUAUUGCUGGUGCUAGACAUGUACUGUAUAUUGAUGGAAGUCAUUUAAGUGGACCGUAUAAGGGGACACUACUUUCAGCGUCGGCUUAUGAUGCGGACAACGAAUUAUUACCUUUUGCCAUUGCGAUUGUGAAGGGAGAGACGCUUGAGGAUUGGACAUGGUUCUUACAUAUGAUCAAGGAGAUAAUUGGGUCAAUGCAAUUAACAAUCAUUUCAGACCGACACAAUGCAAUUAUAGGUGCUGUGCAAGCAAUAUUCGGAGGUGAGCGACAUGCGUACUGUUACAGACAUGUUAAGGAGAAUUUCAGUACACAAAUGAUCAAGUUAAAUAGAGGAAGAAGGAAGACAAGUGGCAACACAAGGGAGGAUGGACUGCAUUUCCUAGAUGCCAUUGCAUAUGCAAGGCUUGACACAGAGUUUGAUCAAGCAAUGGAUAACAUGAGACACUUCAAUUCCCAAUUAUUUGAAUGGCUUGUCAAUCAUGGUGAUAUUCACAAGUGGGCCUUAAGCAAGUUCCCUUUUAAACGAUGGGACAACAUAACAACAAACCUUGCAGAGUCAUUCAAUGCGUGGAUGCUGAAGGAGAGAAGAUAUAAUGUUGCCCAACUUAUACAUGAGCAUCGUGAAAAAGUAGCCAAGAAGAUGUAUGCAGCAAGCAUGGCAAUGAGCAAAUGGAAGAAUGGUGUAGGCCCAAAUACAAAUGCAACAUUGAUGGAAAAUGUGGCGAGAUCUGCACAGAUGUUAAGUGUUCCUUACGGAAGGGGUAGGGUGUGUGUCCAUACAGCAAAAGGAGCCAUUAAUGUUGAUCUUGGAAAAGGUGAAUGUAGUUGUGCAGCUUGGCAAAUGUCAGGCAUCCCAUGCCCACAUGCAUGUGCAGCUAUCAAGGCCUUGAAUUGCAAUGUGUAUGAUUUUGUUGAAGAAUGCUACAAGAUUACGUCCCAACAAAAGAUUUAUGGUAGGACGAUGACUCCAGUGGUGACAAUCGACAUGCCAAAUCCUAAUAACUAUCGGCUGCAAGAUAUAGCAAGUCAAGUGUUUUUGGCACCACCUUUGACUAGUCGACCACCUGGAAGGCCUAGGAUAAAUAGGCAAGAGUCGCAGUUUCAAAACAAGAAGGUCUACCAUUGUAGUGCAUGCCAGCAAGUUGGCCACACAAGAAGAACAUGCAAGAAUCCAAACCCAACUUAA